UGGGAGCGCGAGGGUGAGAGAGGGAGAAGGAGGAACGUAUACACUGGUCUCGUAGGGCAGUCGUUCCUCCUUCGUCGUUCCUUCGCAAAGGCGCAGACCGUUUUUAACGAGAUUAUUUCGCACGAGAGAAAGGAAGAACGAAAGAAAAGGGGGGGAAAAAAAAAGAAAACGAAGACGAAACGAAAAGGGAAAAGAACAGACACACCGAGAUCGACUCGCGACGAGCAACGACGAUCGUUCGAACCCUCGGUAUACGAGUAAACGCACCCCCGGCGUGUGUUUUUGCUUGGUCUCGGUCGUUGUAUUCCAGCGGGAUAUCGCGUAUAUCGUAUCGUAUCGUAUCGUAUCGUAUCGUAUCGUGUCGUGUCGUAUCGUACGGUGUUGCUGCUCCCUCGUACUAGCAGUGCAAGUGGUGGUGCCGGUGGCUAAGCGAGAGGAGCAGCCGGAAGAAAAGGAGGAGGAAGCUACGAGACGAUCCUCGAGUCCUUUUCGAGUCGUCGUGCACGGGAUCGAGCCGAAUGAUGUCCAAUUGACGAAGACCGCGCAGUCCUAGGAAUGGCCCCAUUCAGUUCCGUAUUCCUGGGCGUCUGGGGAGUGUUCGUGAUCGUCCUGAUACAAGAAUCUAGGCCCGUCAGCUGGGAGGAAUGGUGGACCUAUGACGGUAUUUCCGGUCCCGGCUUCUGGGGUCUCAUCAAUCCGGAUUGGUGGCUGUGUCACAAGGGCAGACGGCAAUCGCCGGUGAACCUCGAGCCGUCCAGGCUCCUCUUCGACCCGAACCUGCAGCCACUGCACGUGGACAAGCACAGGGUUGGCGGCGUGCUGGCCAACACCGGUCACAGCGUGGUGUUCGCCGUGGACAACGACACCCGUCAUCCGGUGAAUAUCUCAGGCGGCCCGUUGAGCUACCGGUACCAGUUCCACGAGAUUCAUUUGCAUUUCGGAUUGGACGAUCGGACCGGUAGCGAGCACACUGUGGAUGGACACGCGUUUCCCGCGGAGCUGCAGAUAUUCGGCUUCAACUCGCAACUGUACAACAACUUCACGGACGCGUUGCAGCGGGCGCAGGGGAUCGUCGCGGUGUCCCUUCUACUCCAGGUUGGAGACCUCUCGAACCCGGAGCUACGAAUAUUCACCGAACAGCUGGAUAAGAUCAAAUACGGAGGCCAGGCGAUGGAGAUUAAACGUUUCGUGGUACGGGAACUGCUGCCGGACACGAAAUAUUACAUGACGUACGACGGCUCCAUCACGAUGCCGGCCUGCCACGAGACCACCACGUGGAUCAUCCUGAACAAGCCGAUAUACAUCACAAAGCAGCAGUUGCUCGUGCUGCGGCAAUUGAUGCAAGGGGACAAGAAUCAUCCGAACGCGCCGCUUGGGAAUAAUUUCCGACCGCCCCAGCCGCUUCAUCAUCGUCCCGUUCGAACAAACAUCGACUUCAACAUUCAGGGACCGAAGAACUGUCCGACGAUGAAUAGGGACAUAUACUACAAAGCCAACAGCUGGAAAUAACCCCGUAGCGAGUUAUGGGGACGGCUGGAGGUGAACUACGCUUUCCCUGGGAUAAGCUGGAGCCACGCAGUUAACAGGAUAAAAACCCACUGACAUAUCAAUUAAUGAGCGCGACCAGUGGUCAUCGUGUCGAUCGGAUCGAGCAAAGGCCAUCGUCGCGCGUGUCGUUGAGAGAAAGAGAGAAAGAGAGAGAGAGAGAGAGAGAGAGAAAGAGAGAGAGAAUGUGCGGAAGCGAAUGAGCGAGAGAGAGAGAGAGAGAGAGAGAGAGAGAGAGAGAGUAAAAUAGAAAAGAGAGGCCAGAAUGACGCGAACAAGAGAGUGAAAGAGAGAAAGAUUUAAAAAAAAAAAAGAAAAAAAAAGAAAAAUGCUUCGUUGUACUAUUAGACGUGAAUUGCCAAGUAUGUUUCCAGUAACGAGAAGACAAAAAAAGAAAAAAAAAAAUUGAGACACAAGAACACGCAGAUUACACAGACAGGUACACAGAGAGACAUAUACAGAAGAUAUACCUAUAUAUAGAUUACAAUUUAGCGAAGAUAAGAUUAAAAAAAAAAAAAAAAAAGUAAGAUUAACACAAGAUAUAUUAUUAUACGUAUAUCGAUCAACUAUCGAAAAAAAAGCUAUGACUAUCGUGGCCUGUAUUGGGGUCGUUGAUUACGAUUGAUGAUCGUGACGAUGACGAUGAUGAUGAUGAUGAUGAUGAUGAUGAUAGGCAUGUGGCGAUAGAAACGAAAGACACGAGAAUUCUAUAUGUAUAAAAAGAAGUGUGAAGAAAAGAAAACUGAAAAAAAAAGAAGAUUCGCGCGUGAGGGAAAUUCACGCGUAUACUCCCACUCGUAACUACCACCUGCAUAUACAUAAAUACAUACGACAUACAUGCAUACAUGCAUACAUACUAUACAUAUACACACACAUAUCGAGCGAAAGUUUAUACUAUAUUCUUGUAAUAAAAUGCUGAAAAACGUA